UUCCAAGAAACUAUGAUCCUACCUUACAUCCUUUUGAAGUCCCACGAGAAUAUGUAAGAGCUUUAAAUGCUACCAAAUUGGAACGAGUGUUUGCAAAACCAUUCCUUGCAUCCCUGGAUGGUCACCGUGAUGGAGUCAAUUGCCUGGCAAAGCACCCAAAGAGCCUGACGACUGUUCUUUCUGGAGCAUGUGAUGGAGAGGUUAAGAUUUGGAACCUGACUAAACGAAAAUGUGUUCGCACGAUACAAGCGCAUGAAGGUUUUGUACGAGGGAUAUGCACUCGCUUUUGUGGGACCUCGUUUUUUACUGUUGGUGAUGACAAAACUGUCAAGCAGUGGAAAAUGGAUGGACCAGGCUAUGGAGAAGAGGAGGAGCCACUACACACAAUUCUAGGAAAGACAGUGUACACUGGCAUUGAUCAUCACUGGAAAGACCCCGCCUUUGCCACGUGUGGACAGCAAGUAGACAUUUGGGAUGAACAAAGAACCAACCCUAUAUGCUCAAUGAACUGGGGCUUUGACAGUAUAAGCAGUGUGAAAUUUAACCCUAUUGAGACAUAUCUCUUGGGAAGCUGUGCUUCUGAUAGGAACAUAGUACUGUAUGACAUGCGGCAAGCAACUCCCCUGAAGAAGGUCGUCUUGGAUAUGAGAACAAACACAAUCUGUUGGAACCCUAUGGAAGCUUUCCAUUUUACCGCAGCCAAUGAGGACUAUAACUUGUAUACUUUCGAUAUGCGUGCACUGGACAUUCCUGUCAUGGUCCACAUGGAUCACGUAUCUGCGGUACUUGAUGUGGACUACUCUCCGACUGGCAAAGAAUUUGUGUCUGCUAGUUUCGAUAAAUCUAUUAGAAUCUUUCCUGUGGACAAAAGCCGAAGCAGGGAAGUCUACCAUACAAAACGGAUGCAGCAUGUUAUUUGUGUGAAAUGGACCUCUGACAGCAAGUACAUUAUGUGUGGGUCUGAUGAAAUGAACAUCCGUCUGUGGAAAGCCAAUGCAUCGGAGAAACUGGGUGUGCUUACAUCACGGGAAAAAGCAGCAAACGAUUAUAACCAGAAGUUAAAGGAAAAGUUUCAGUAUCACCCGCAUGUCAAACGGAUUGCUCGACAUCGGCAUCUCCCGAAAUCUAUCUACAGCCAGAUUCAGGAGCAGCGCGUCAUGAAGGAAGCUCGCCGCCGAAAGGAAAUGAAUCGUCGUAAACAUAGCAAGCCUGGAUCUGUGCCAAUUGUGUCAGAGAGGAAGAAGCACGUAGUGGCAGUUGUGAAAUAAUGUUUUGUCUUCCUACCAAGCUCGAUAUAUAAUUAUUUGCUGCUUGUGAUUGGAACUCUGUAAAUAAACGACCCGACUCUGGUUUCAUAGUAAACAUU